AUUAUAUUUGAGACUGCGGCUGCCAUGGAUCUGGUGGUAGAUGGAAAGCGAACGUCCGGCAAGGACGUCCGGGAACAGAAUGUGACGGCGGCGCUCGCCAUCGCGAACAUCGUCAAGUCUUCCCUUGGCCCUGUGGGUCUGGACAAGAUGUUGGUGGACGACAUUGGUGAUGUGACCAUUACGAACGAUGGCGCUACGAUCUUGAAGCUGCUGGAAGUGGAACAUCCUGCCGGAAAGGUGCUCGUGGAUUUGGCGGGGUUGCAAGACCAAGAAGUGGGCGACGGCACCACGUCGGUGGUGAUCAUCGCCGCCGAGUUGCUCAAGCGCGCAAACGAGUUGGUGCAGAACAAGGUCCACCCGACGUCCAUCAUCUCUGGGUACCGUUUGGCGAUGCGCGAAGCCGUCAAGUACAUCAAGGAGCACUUGAGCGUGCCAGUGGACUCGCUUGGGCGCGCGUCGCUCGUGAACGCCGCCAAGACCUCCAUGAGCUCCAAGAUCAUCGGUCCCGAAAGCGACUUCUUCGCCAACCUCGUCGUGGACGCGGUCACGUCGGUCAAGACGACAGAGGACGGCGCCAAGGGCAAGACGAUCACCAAGUAUCCCGUGAGCGCGAUCAACGUGCUCAAGGCGCACGGCAAGAGUGCGCUCGAGUCGCAGCUCGUCGACGGUUUCGCGCUCAACUGCACGCGGGCGUCGCAGGCCAUGCCGUCGUCCGUCCGACCCGCAAAGAUCGCGCUGCUCGACUUUGACCUUCAGCGCCACAAGAUGCAGAUGGGGGUGCAGAUGGUGGUGAACGACCCCAAGGAGCUGGACCAGAUCCGCCAGCGCGAGAUCGACAUCACCAAGGAGCGCAUCCAAAAGAUCCUCGAUGCUGGCGCGAACGUGAUCUUGACGACCAAGGGCAUCGACGAUCUGUGCAUGAAGUACUUUGUUGAGGCAGGGUGCAUGGGCGUCCGUCGCUGCAAGAAGGAGGACCUGCGCCGCAUCGCCAAAGCCACGGGCGGCCAGGUGGUGCUGACGCUGGCCGACAUGGAGGGCGGCGAGACGUUCGACGCGGCGGCGCUCGGGACGGCGGCCGAAGUGAGCGAGGAGCGCGUCGGCGACGGCGAGCUCAUCUACAUCAAGGGGUGCGCCAACCGCCAAGCGACCACCGUCGUGCUGCGCGGGGCCAACGAGAUGCUUCUGGACGAGAUGGACCGAUCGCUGCACGACUCGCUCAUGGUAGUCAAGCGCCUGCUCGAGUCCAACCAGCUGGUCGCCGGCGGCGGCGCGGUCGAAGCGGCGCUAUCCAUCUACUUGGAAACGUAUGCGACAACAUUGGGGUCGCGGGAACAGCUCGCGAUUGCCGAGUUUGCGGACGCGCUGCUGGUGAUCCCCAAGACACUGGCGGUGAACGCCGCCAAGGACGCGUCGGAGCUCGUGGCACGGCUGCGGGCGCACCACAACACGAGCCAGACGGACGCGGCGCAGACGGACCUGCGGUUCUCGGGGCUGGAUCUGCUGCAGGGCAAAGUGCGCAACAACCUCGUGGCGGGCGUCGUGGAGCCUGCGAUCAGCAAGAUCAAGAGCCUUCGGUUCGCCACGGAGGCAGCGAUUACGAUUCUUCGCAUCGACGACAUGAUCCGGUUGAAUCCCAAAGAAAACCAGGACCAGUAAACACAUGAAGUCGUUGUUUAAUCAACCAUCUACUAGUAUGUACACAGAGUGAUAGCCG